AUGGUGAGUUUAGUCGUGGAAAGCCCACAGAGAAUGUCAGCGAGUCAAAACGUCGUCGUAUCAGAAACCACUAGGUCAAGUAUCAUCACCACCACCACCAACAACUCUUCUUCUACGCAGAAACCCCCAACGGCUCCUCCUGGUUUCAUCUCUAUUUCCAAGAAAAAGCUUCUCAAGAAUCUCGACAUCAUCAAUGGCGGCCAAAGAAUCAACGCUUGGGUCGAUUCAAUGAGAGCCUCUUCCCCUACUCAUCUCAAAUCGCUCCCUUCUCUAUCCUCUCAGCAACAACUCAACUCAUGGAUCAUGGAGCAUCCUUCAGCACUAGAAAUGUUCGAAAAGAUCAUGGAAGCUUCGGGAGGGAAACAAAUCGUAAUGUUUCUUGAUUAUGACGGUACUCUUUCCCCCAUCGUUGAUGAUCCGGACAAAGCUUUCAUGUCAAGCAAGAUGAGAAGAACAGUGAAAAAAGUGGCAAAGUGUUUCCCCACUGCUAUUGUUACUGGUAGAUGCAUAGACAAGGUGUAUAACUUUGUGAAGCUAGCUGAGCUGUAUUAUGCUGGAAGCCAUGGCAUGGACAUUAAAGGGCCAGCAAAAGGCUUCUCCAGACACAAGAGGGUUAGACAGUCUCUUCUGUAUCAAGCAGCCAGUGACUAUCUUCCCAUAAUUGAUGAAGUCUGUAGACAACUUGUGGAGAAAACCAAAACAACUCCGGGAGCCAUAGUCGAAAACCACAAGUUUUGUGCUUCUGUGCACUUUCGUUGCGUCGAUGAGAAGAGAUGGAGCGAACUGGUUCUACAGAUUCGGUCGGUAUUAAAGGAAUACCCUACGCUGAAUCUGACCCAAGGUCGGAAGGUUUUCGAAAUCCGUCCUAUGAUUGAAUGGGAUAAAGGAAAAGCUCUUGAGUUCUUGUUACAGUCACUUGGAUUUGGGAACUCUAAUAGCGUUUUUCCAGUUUAUAUCGGCGACGAUCGGACCGACGAAGAUGCAUUUAAGAUGCUACGAGACAGAGGCGAAGGCUUUGGCAUUCUUGUCUCAAAAUAUCCCAAGGAUACGGAUGCUUCGUAUUCUUUGCAGGAUCCGUCCGAGGUGAUGGAUUUCUUGCAACGAUUGGUGGAAUGGAAACAAAUGCAGCCAAGAAUGUGA